AUGCUUCUCUUCUCCUUCUGCGUUGGCACCUCAACCUCUUUGGGAACCGGGCAGUCAGUCUUCAGCAACCUGCUUCUCAACAAGCUUCCUGCUCUUGCCCCUGGCGUCGAUCCCCUCACUGUCAUCAACACGGGUGCCACGGACAUUCGCAAUGUCUUCCCUGCCGACGCCGUGCCAGGUAUCAUACAGGCAUAUCUGGAUGCCAUGCGCGCCGUCUUUGCCGUGGUCAUAGCCUACGCCGGCGUUGCGGUCAUGUUCGCUGCUGGUAGCAAGUGGCAACGAUUGAAUCUCAAGGGAUGA